AUGGGUAAAAGGAAUAACAAAUAUUUAAAUAAACUAUAUAGUCAACCAUUGCCAAUAACAUUAACUUCACAAAAGUAUAAUGUGUCAUUGCCUGAAUUAUAUCCUCAUAAUCCAAUCUCAUGGAUAUGGUAUUUAAUGAGAUAUUUUCAAAUAAACAUAUUCUAUCCUGUCCCUGAACUGACUAAUCAUCCUCUACCUGUGAUCUACGAUGGUGAAAUUUUUAAAGUGACCGAUGAAUCAUCCAUCAAUAACUUGUGGAGACAAGGUUUUUUCGGGAAAGGUGUAUUAUCUAGAUCCGAACCAACAUGGUAUCAACGUACGUUGGUUAGGUUAAACCUUGACGAUGGUGGUAAGGAUAGUAAUAACUUGGCAAUGGAAGACAUCACUAAAAUUAGACGUAACGAAAGAAAAAUGUUUAAAUUAGAACGUGCUAGAUUUCAAGAAUUAGAAUUAAAGAAAAGACAAGGUGUUAUUACCGAUGAUGAAUUGAAAGAUAUGGAAAAAUUGGACGCUAAAUUGGUUGAGUUGAGAAAAGCUGACAUCAAGUUUGAUGAAAAAGGUAACCAAUUGGAGGAAAUAAGAGAUGAAGAUGAAGAUAUUAUUGAUGAGGAUGGAAAAUUGUUGCCAUUGGAAUAUUUACAAUUGCAACCUGUCGAAGCCUUUUUCUUGAAAUUUGCCUUGAAUAGAAUUCAAGUCGAUGGAAUGAACUCCACAUUCGAUUUAUUUCAAACAUGUUGCUCACAAUAUGAAUCUGUGGUAACCCCAAACAAUAGAUUUAUUGUGGAUUAUGCUGUGUAUCAUUAUUUCCGAUCCAAUGGAUGGUGUGUUAGGUCCGGUGUCAAAUUUGGUACUGAUUUCUUAUUAUAUAAACGUGGUCCACCAUUUAUUCAUGCAGAAUAUUGUGUGUUGGUCAUGACUAAAGACACUGAUUAUGAUUGGUUUGAAAUUGCUGCUAAAGCUAGAGUUAUUGGAAGUGUCAAGAAAACAUUUGUAUUAUGUUAUGUUGAUUCUCCAAGUCAGGAGGUAUUUGACGAAAUAUUGAGCCAACAACAAUCCCAAUUAGAUCAUGGUUUAUUAUUCAAACAAUUGUUUGAACAGUAUAAGAUCAGUGAAGUAGUAUAUAGACGUUGGAAUCCUAGCAGGACUAGAGAUUAA